AAGUCUGUGUUAAGAUGAACGCAUUUUGAGAUAGCAAGUGGAUAAACCUACAUUUGCAUCUUAUUUCCAAUCGAUUCCGCUGAAUAUUUGGUUAGUUGUUUAUCAUUCGUUCACAGAAACGCUCUUCGAAACCAUGUCUUCGGACGAAGACCGAGCGAAGGAGAUUCUGAAGGGCUUUAAACUAAACUGGAUGAACCUGAGAGAUGCCGAGACUGGGAAAGUCCUCUGGCAGGGUACUGAGGAUCUCUCUGUUCCUGGUGUAGAACAUGAAGCUCGGGUUCCCAAAAAGAUUUUGAAGUGUAAGGCCGUCUCCAGAGAGCUCAACUUCUCCUCAUCAGAAAAGCUGGAGAAGUUUCGUCUGGAGCAGAAGGUUCUUUUUAAAGGACAGUGUCUAGAAGAGUGGUUCUUUGAAUUUGGCUUCGUGAUCCCGAAUUCUACGAACACGUGGCAGUCGUUGAUAGAGGCGGCACCAGAGUCACAGAUGAUGCCUGCCAACGUGUUAAGUGGAAAUGUUAUAAUAGAGACGAAGUUCUACGACGACGACCUUCACGUCAGCACCUCCCGAGUACGACUGUUUUACGUCUGAGCCGCGAAGCCUCGUUGAUUUAAACCCUCAUUCACGAGGACACGCCAGUCCCUGUGAGUUUUUGUGGCCAGACGAGACUCAUGACGAGCUUCUGUGGCACCAUGAAAACGGCACCAAACGAAACAAGUCACAUGAUCACUCCAGUCUAACGACAGAUAAAGACUAAAGCAAAGUUGCUCGAUACAACCAGAUCAUGACGAAUGUAAAUUGUUUUAUUUGUACGCUGGAUCCCUCCUCUUUUAUCACACAUUAUUCAUUAUUCUGCACUGUACGAUGUUUCUUUCAUCCUGUUUUAAAACAUUCCUUCAGUCUGUGGUUGCUGAUUGUGUUGUUACUUUUUUAUCAGAGCUGUAAGAUAGGCAAAGGUUUCAAUUUGUAUUAUGAAUACCUUUGAGUAAUGCAUUUUUCUUGAGUCUGAUGUGUUUUUCAAUUAAGUCGGUACAAGUUCCAAUACUUUGGGAAGGGGGUCUAUGCUGUGUUUUUUGUUUUUUUUUACCUUUUAGACUGAAUUAGUUAAAAUAUUAAAACAUUAAUGAACAUGUGAACAUGUGGAGCUCCUCACCAACAGCGAGAUUAUGGCUGAACCCAGGUGCCCAGGAUACUUUUUGUUGUGCGGCACUCAAUCGAUCAUGUUACAGUUACUAAAUAAAAACCCCUGAUCAAUAAACAA